AUGCGGAGCAGUGCGAGGCGAGAGCAGGAUAGCCUGGAAACUGAAGACGGCAGCAUCACCGCACGCAGUAAGACAGGCACUAAAAAUGAGGAGUGCCUGGAUAGAGAGGUGAUAGCCGCUGAUACGGUCGGAGAUGUUGAAGUAGACCAGUCGACGGGGGAGCCACCGAGAAUGCUGGAGAUGGAAGUGAAUGGGAAGAAGAUUCAAUUCGAACUAGAUACCGGUGCAUCACUUUCCAUCAUCGAUGAGAAGACAUGGAAUAAGCUAGGCCGGCCACAGUUGAACAAGGCUGCGGUGGCUGCGACGGCAUUUGAUAAUAAUCCUAUUAAGUCCAAGGAAGAGUCCCACUAA